GAAUGCUCUGUUCACGCCCCCUUCCACCCCAUGCCAUGUAACUUACCGAAUUCGAUAAAUUUGUGGCCAUGCUUUCUGAAGAGCGAUGUGGUUACGACGUUGGUGCUGUAGCAUGACAUGCCGUCGUGUGCAAGCGUCCGUAAACAGUUUAGCCGCUUGACUGGUGAGCUCCACUCAUCCCAAUGACUGCCUAACGAACAAGACAAAACUUGGAAAGUGAAAAGCACAAAAUGCUGUCGAUAUUGCGAAAAGCGCGUCUCAAGGACAAGGAGAUGCGCAUUCUUAUGCUUGGUCUUGACAAUGCAGGAAAGACGACUAUAGUGAAGAAGAUCAUGAACGAAGAUGUAAACAGCGUCAGUCCUACACUCGGUUUUAUCAUCAAGACGAUUGAGUACGAUGGAUACAAACUGAAUAUAUGGGAUGUCGGCGGCCAGAAGACGUUGCGCACGUACUGGAAGAACUAUUUCGAGAAGACAGACACGCUCAUCUGGGUUGUUGAUGCAACCGACCGCGAGCGAAUAGACGAUUGUCGGAACGAGUUGGCGGGGUUGCUGCUGGAAGAGCGCCUUUCCGGAGCAAGCCUGCUAGUUUUCAAAAACAAGAGCGACGUUCCCGGAUCCAUGACGGAAGACGACAUUUGUGAGGGACUGCGACUCGACGCCAUCAAGACACACAAAUGGCACGUUAUGACCUGCAGUGCUAUGACGGGAAUGAACCUGCAGGAAGGUCUUGAGUGGGUGGUACAGGAUGCAAAGGCUCGACUCUUCCUGUAUUGAAGCGUGUCGGCAUGCAUCGGGGUUGCAAGGGGCAAGGCAGCCCAAAGGCUCGAUGCGGGUAGUGCAACGGUAGUCGAAUGACAAGUUCCAACCGCCCAAUUGUGGAGCUGGCGUCAACUGGCCGCAGCUGGAACGCUGAUAGCAUAAACAAACAGCCAUCGAGGCCAUCUUCACGACCUGCAUCCUACUUUCUCUCUGCCACUCUCUUCGCCAUUCGCUCGUU